CACGGACACCAUUCGCAGUGACACACGUCAUGACAGUUUGGAAGACGUGUACUUUCCAAGCCGAUUCAUCCGAGGAAUUGCGACGUUAAAUCGUGACGCACUCGUGUUCAUUUCACGGUUACCGUCUCGCUAGGUUGUUUUCAACACAAUGGCGACAGUAGAGGAGUUAAAACUGCGUGUCAGGGAGUUAGAAAACGAACUGAUCAAGUGUAAGCAGCAGCAGCAGCAGGGCGCACUGGGUGAUGCUCAAACCAUGGAACUUCACAGACCGAGAAUUGACAAAAUGAGCGCUGAGGUUGUCGAUUCAAACCCAUAUAGUCGCCUGAUGGCUCUGAAGAGGAUGGGGAUAGUUGAGAAUUACGAGAACAUCCGUACUUUCACCGUGGCAGUGGUGGGUGUUGGUGGAGUCGGCAGUGUGACCGCUGAAAUGCUCACACGGUGCGGCAUUGGUAAGUUGCUCCUCUUUGACUACGAUAAAGUCGAGCUGGCAAAUAUGAACCGACUGUUCUUCCAGCCGCACCAGGCUGGACUCAGUAAAGUGGAGGCAGCAGAACACACCCUCAGAAAUAUAAACCCUGAUGUGUCAUUCGAGACUCACAACUACAACAUCACCACGAUGGAAAAUUUUACACAUUUCAUGGAGCGAAUUAGUAAUGGCGGGCUGGAGGAAGGGACUGCUGUAGAUUUGGUCCUGAGCUGCGUGGACAACUUCGAGGCCCGGAUGGCUAUCAACACAGCCUGUAAUGAACUGGGUCAGGUCUGGAUGGAGUCUGGAGUGAGCGAGAACGCCGUGUCAGGACACAUUCAGCUCAUCCGCCCCGGGGAGACGGCCUGUUUUGCUUGUGCGCCGCCUCUCGUAGUGGCCGCCAACAUCGAUGAGAAGACCCUGAAGAGAGAGGGAGUCUGUGCGGCGAGUUUACCAACCACAAUGGGGGUUGUUGCAGGGAUUCUGGUGCAGAAUGUUCUCAAGUAUUUGUUAAAGUUCGGAAGCGUCAGUUAUUACCUCGGCUACAACGCCAUGCAGGACUUCUUCCCCACCAUGGCCAUGAAACCCAACCCCCAGUGUAACGAUCAACACUGCAGGAGGCAGCAGGAGGAGUACAACAAAAAAGAAGCAGAAAAACCCAAAGUGGAAGAAGUUCAGGAGGAGGUGGAAGAGGUUGUGCAUGAGGACAAUGAGUGGGGUAUAGAGCUGGUAUCAGAGGUGACUGAGAAAGAUUUGGAGGGCUCAUCCGCACCUGUUCCUGAUCUCCCAGAGGGCAUCACUGUGGCUUACACCAUUCCAUCUGAGAACACAGCGAGUGGAGAGACAGUGGAAGAGACCGAGCAGAGCCUGGAAGACCUGAUGGCCCAGAUGAAGAAGCUGUAGUCGACUAAAUGUUGGUUUGAUAUGACAUAAUUCCUGAUUCGAAAUAAGCAUGAGGAAUAAAACUAACAGAUGGGUUUUUUUUUUUUUUAAAAGAGAGCAACAAGUGGAUAUAUGAGUCGAAUGAGGAAUUGAAUCUCCAUGCCACUCUGUGUUCAAAUGUAAAUACAAAACCCCAAUUGUGCAUGUGAUGGUUUCAAUCCUGACUGUGCUUUGCUUGUCGCUCAGCCUCAUACGACACAUCAACAAUGUUUCAUUUGUUUCAAUAAAAUAUUUAUU